AGCAAUGCCGUCGAAAGUUGAGCCGAGGAUUGGCUUCACAAUUGUGACAGGAUUAAUUGUCUCUAGUUUACCCCUCGUCUCGACACAUUCCUGUGAUGCAGCAGUAGCUGAUCAUUUGCAUCUUUGUCGUCGUCUUUUGGGCCAUUCAAUUGCAUCUGGUGGAGAAACGGUUUGGAGGAUUGAACAGGGUGUCUGCUCGGGUGUGUCUUUUAAGGGUUAUCUCAGGAGGAGCACGUCAGGAAGGACGUUAGCUUUGUGAAAAUGACGACAAUGUCCCUGUUUUCACUACCGAGUUUGAAUUCUGGAUUUGCGCUUGUGAAUCCAUCGCUCACAACUUUUAGAACCGAUGCCCAUGCUUCGACAAUCGUCUCUUUGACGCGUUCUUGCGGGCCGUCUACAUUGUGUUUGCCGUCGUCUUAUUCUUCGUCAGAGGCUUCUUUCAGAGGAAAGUGUUCGGCAGGAGCAUCGGGGUCGCGCGCUACCCGGUUAAGGAAUGCUCGUGGAUAUGUGCGAGCUGUACAUGGUUCUUCGAAUGCGACUUCUACAGAUGCAGAAGAGAGGGUAAGGGUCAAGCAGGAGCUCCUCAGUCUUCUGGAGAGAACAGAAGGAAAUAUGACUCAAGAAUGUUUGGAUCUGAUCGCAACCCUGGAAAAACUCAACCCUAACCCGGAGCCGAGCAAAGUGCCGGAGCUCAUGAACGGCUGCUUCAUAACCGUGAAGUCGACGCUGAAGGGGAAGGAAUCAGCGGAUGCAGGCGUGUUCUCAUCGACCUUCACUCUUCAACGGGCCGCAUUCGGCGCAUUCAAACCCCUAAAGCAGGAGGUUAUUCUAUUGGAUACUUACAACCACGUGAGAUACGCCAAUGAUGAGGAAUACGUACUGGCUUCGGAGAUCACCAUCAAGAACAACGAUGGCGAGCUGCCGGAACAGUUGGAGGGAUACCUUAUCAACCAUGCCAAGUGCAGUUUUGCACCUGGUUCAGAGAAACUCACCAUUAGGUUUCUGUCCAGCGUGCUGCGACCUAAGAACCCUGAAAACGAGACCGAGUUGCAGAGUUGGAAGAAGCUAUUCCAGGAGCACAAUCCGGGAAUGGAUGAGCAAGGGUUUAUGACGGUCAAGUUGCCUGGAGCUGAGGGAUUCAUGGAGCAUUUGUAUCUCGAUGACGAGAUUCGCAUCUCCCGGGGUAAUAUGAAUAAUACCUACGUUGUCCGACGCCUCCCAGGACCCGUUAUUCAAUUCUAAUUGUAAAAGCCUUGUUCAUUUAGAAUCUACCACCAUAGCUGGGAUUCUUCUGCAUGUUGCAGCUGAAAACCUGCACCGAGAAGGGGUUCACUAGGAGCGUCAGCUGAAAUUUUGGUGAGUGCUUCAGGGAGCAUCAUCUGAGGUAUUGUUUUAGCGAUGGUUGUGAGAAGAAAACUUCCUUGCGUGGAAAAUUGCCAUAUACAUGCCACCCUCUGCCUUAACAUGUAAAAUUUGUACUCUUCAUUGUAAGUCUUAUCAAUUUUGGUUCUGGUUUUGUUUUGUUUUUA